CUGAAUGCACUCAAGAAGAAAGGACACAAUUCAAACUUCUGGAACAAGCGUCUUACGAAUUUCGCCCGCGUAGUUAUGCACAUUAAUAACUUUACAAUAGAAACGAUAUUCAUUGGCGAGAGCUAACGUAUUCGACUUUCUGCCUUGCAUGUCGUCCUUGGUUCGGCCCCACGAACCGCGAAACGAGCAUGCCAAUGAUGCAUCCAGCGCUGCUCCACCUACGUACCGGAGCGCCAGUUCGGCGUGGGCAGUGCCGAGUGCGGGUCGGGCCCCAGCCUUCGAGAGCCCAGUCGAGGGCCAGGCGCCCUCCCUUGCGGCGUCGCACAGCGGGCCUUCACCAGCCCGGGAGGCCGCAGCCUUGGCUGUAAACGACGACGCGGCCAGGACUGGUCUCGUGAAGUUGGCUAAUGGUGUAGCCUUGCCGCUGGGUGCAGUUCAGAGCAUACGUGCUGGUAGUCAUUCAGCCAGCGCGUACGGGUUAGCCACUGCCCCCCCUCCCGAGUCUGUGGCGAACUUGGAGGAUCUUGACAGGCAGUGUGCCCUGAAGCAGCUGCACAGCGGCCAUGGCCUGGCGGGCAGCAGUGGACCGGCAGCCGCACCAGUCUUGUGUAGCUUUCCAACAGCCGACCCUGACUAUGACGAGGGCCGAGUGGCAGAGGCAGCCAACUUGGCGGCCAAGUAUGGCGGCAUGUGGUUGCGGGGAGCGCUAGCCAAGCAGCGGAACCAGGCUCAGACACGUCUCCACCCAGUCUUCGUUGGCAUGGUGCGGCACGUGGAUGGAAGUAUGGACCUUGUCCGUGCUGGUGACAUGCAGCCGCUUCAGGCUGGCUCAUUGCUGUUCACGGAUGGCGAGGCGGAGCUGCUGGCGCUGCACCCGCAGCUGCCCAGCAACCUGUACUUCUUCCCCGCCAACAUGUACGACUACGGCACUGCGGAGCGGCAGUACGUGACGGUGCACUUUGCAGCUCCGGGCAGGCUGUACGUGCUGCUGCCGGAAGACACUGCAGAACCAAGGUGGCUGCGUGAGCAGUUCUUCAAAGUCCGGGAGCCGCUGUACGGCGUAAAGGUUCGGCUGUCUGCCCGAUGGAAGAUGGGCUUCGUGACCAAAGUGCUGGCCAACAUGAUGACACACAAGUCGUCAGCAGAUGAGCGUGUGCUGGUCUACAAGUCCAAACGGCUGUACCGGGCUGGUGACGUGGUGCACCUGGGCGGCCUGCCCACCGCGCGCUUCACAGACACCAUGUAUGUGGUGUGCACAGCGCUGGACGGCAACGGCGGCCUUGGCGGGGAGGACGGCGCGGCCGAUGCUGCGAAGGCCGCCGCUGCGGCAGCAACGGCGCAGCUGGUGACUGGCUGCGACGAGUGGGGCGUGUGGCUGACGCGGCUGCUCAAAUCUAUCCGCCGCAAUCGUGUCGAGGACGCGCGGGCAUUGCUGGACACUGACUGCUGGAGGCAGCGGGCGGCACAAGGCGACCCGCUCAGCUGGCUCCCGCCGGAGGAGGUAGGGCUGGGCGAGUCGCCGCUGACGUCGGACCUGGCGGCCGCCUCCAGCAACGUGGAAAUGCUGGCGCUGCUGGUGGCGCACGGCCGCUGCCAGCUCAGCUUCCGCGGGGUGCGGCUGCUGGUGCGGCGCUGGGAGGAGGUGCCGGCCAAGGACGGCGGCGCGCUGGAGCUGCUGCUGACGUACAUCCGGCGCUGCCCGCGGCCGUUGAGCACAGUGGCGUGCAUGCUCAUGGCCCUGCGGUGGGAGGUGGAGCUGCGGGACCGGGCGCGCACCGCCAGCUCGCAGGAGCUGCGGGUGGUGCUGCGGCGCUUUCAGGAGCUGCAGGUGGUGCUGCUUGAGGGGCUGGCUGACGUGGCGCGGACGGGCGGCCCCGACGGCAGCAGCAGCAUGAGCCUGGCGUGGCUGAGCGGCGUGCUGGACCCGCCGCAGUCGCCGCCGCCGGUGUCGCUGGGCGACUACAGCCCACUGCGCAUCGCGUUUGAGGACCGCGACUACGGCUUCAUGGCCAGUGCGGUGGCAGAGGCGUACACGCGCCAGAAGUGGCUGGGUGCCAGCUACCUGUCGCUCACGCCGCGCGAUGGCAGCCGGGAGCUGACCCUGCUGGACCCGCUGGUGCUGCACACCGUGCUGCACAAGCUGGGGCUCGUGGACGAGGGCUUGCUGUCGUACCUGGCUGAGACGGUCACGCGGCUGUGGUUCCUGUCAUGGGUGGUACCGGCGGCGUUUUUGUCCAGCCCGCGCGGCCGGUGGUGCAUGCGGCUGCUGGCGGGGUUGUGCUUCAUCGUGAUGUACAAUGAGUUGCUGCUGAUGGACCCCGAGGCACAACUCAGCAAGACCGUGACGACCGGCACCGCCCUGUGCCUGUGGCUAUUCGGAAAUGUGAUUGAGGCCAUGGAGACCGUGGCUGCGGCAUACGGCGGCAGGCUGGCCAAGUACAUCAAGGCCAACCCCCAGGAGUUCUUCUUCCUCCUGUGCGAAAGCCUGAUGCUUUCGCUCUGCGUGGGCUACCUGCUCGUAAUUACCGAGACGGCUCAGAUGCAGACGGACGUCUUUGUGCGCCUGACGCUGGUGUGGUGCAGCCUGGCUGUGCCAGUGUUCCUCAAGUUCCUGUACAUGCUGGUGCCCAUGUUCCAGCGCCUGGGGCCGCUGCUCAACACCGUGUACAACAUGAUGCAGGAGCUGGUGGCCUUUGCACUGCCCUUCGCCGUGAUCACGACGGGCUUUGCCACCAGCUUCUACAUCGUGCACCACGUGGUGCCGGGCGGCGAGUCCAUGGCCUUUGUGGACGUCAUGCUCAUGUACUUCUCCGCCUUCCUGGGCGCCUUCGACCUGCACCAGUGGGACGACCUGGUGAACCCCGAGCUGCGUAUCUUCGGCAUCACCCUCAUGGUCGUCUACCUGAUCAUUGCGGGCAUCCUGCUAGCUAACCUUCUGAUCGCCAUCAUCAGCUACAAGUACCGGCCCGACCAGGUGGCGGCGCAGUCGGUGUUCGGACUGGCCGAGGUGGUGGACAGGCACCAGAUACAGGUGGACUGCGCCAUGCUGUGCAGCCCCUUCUGUCUGCUGCAGCUGCCCUUCCGUGUGCUGCCGCGCGGCAGCCGGCCCGCCAUCCUGCCCUACACCUUCUACCGCAUGGGCCUGCCGCCGCUGGAGGGCUUCCGGCCGGCUGCACCCCACAUGGCAACCGUGCCCACAGGCCGAGACGCCGUGCCGCAGCUCCUGUUCCACCUCACGCUGCACCCGCUCAUGCUGGCCGGAGCCGCGGUGGCCUUCCUGGCGAUCAGCCCCCUCCUGGUGCUGCGCUUCGGCCUGGUGGGCCACCGCCGCAUGCUGGACCGGCUGUGGAGCGGCAGCGGUGGCAGCGGCAGCGGCAGAGCUGGCAGCAGCAACAGCGACGGCGUGGGCGGGGGCGGGACAACGCGGAAGGGCUCGGUCAGUAUGGGCGUCGGCAACGGAACCAUGUCCAGCCAGGGCGCAGUCAGCGUGGCGAGUGGCGGCGGUCGCAGCCGCCGGUCUGGUGGCGGCACGGGCAGCGGCGGUCUGUCGGGCAGCUUUGGCUCCGAGGACCCCAGCCUGGGCCUGCAGGCGGCCGGCGCGGGAGACCCCUGGAAGGACGUCGGCUACUUCUGCACACUGCGGGGCCUGCCGCGCCUGGCCUCCCUGGUGGGCCGCGUUGUGGUUGCGCACGUGGUGGGUCUAGCGGCGGUGCUGGCCAUGGCGCUGAUUUUCUUCACAGCCGGGUCUCUGUACCUGUGGGCUGUCAGCACGCUGCUGGCGCUGUACAAUGUGCUAUACGAGCCGCUGACGCGCUUCGGGUCCGUCAGCCGCCGCGCCGCGUUCCGCUACCGCCGCGCGAUACAGCAGUGGCGCAAGCAACGCACUGCGGUCGCGGACAGCAGCGGCAGGGCCGGCCACGCCGGUGAUGACGGGGGCAGCGAGGCUGGAACGGGGAUUGAGUCAGGCAACGAUGCAGCUUCAGAUGCUGGCAGCACCUCCACAUCCGCUCGGCGGCGCUCCACGCUGACUGCCUCUCAAGUGGCACAGCGCUGGAGCACGCUCACCAAGGGUGCGGCACAACAGCGGCAGCGGGCAGUUGCUUCAGGGCGCUACCUCACGCGGCAGCACGUGGAGCAGGCAGUGCUGCGAGUCUUCGGCAUUGGGUGGGAGGCAGCGGCAAAGGCAGAGGGGGCCGACGACACCGCCAGUGGUGGUGCCGGAGUCCGGGCGCGGUCUCUGGUGCCUGGUCCUGCCGCCCGCUUUGGUGCCGGCGCGGACGACGUCAGCAGUGUGCACGUGCACAGCUCGCCGCACCUGAACAUGAAGUCGCUUGAGGAGCAGGAGGCCAGUCGUGACCUGCGGGCCCUGGGCCGCAUGAGCUCCUUGGCCGCAAAUGCAGCUGCGGGUACAGCAGCAACAGUGGGGGCGGCCUCCGCGCGCAGAGGUGCAGCUGCAGGCAAACGCGCCGUUGCAGCCGUCCUCCCAGCUGCGGCUGUCGAGGAGGGAGUUGCACCUGGGGGCAGCUUCCGGGCUGCGGGGAAUGCAGGCCGCAUGGUGUCUGAACUGGCUGGCGCAUCUGGGCCAGCUGCCAUGAAUGGCGACGUCCACAAGCUGGCGGAAGCUCUGUGCAGGCCGCUGCAGGAGCAGCUACAACAGAUUCAGGCUGCUCUGAGCUCGCGGCUGGAUGCCCAGGCCACGGAGCUGGGGCAGCUGCAGGAGGCGAUGGGGGCACUGCGGGAAGUCAUGGAUGCCUCGCUGCACACGCGUGACGAUGUGGAGCAGCGCCGCCGGUCUGUGCUGGCACGUGCGUACGGCGACGAAAAUUACUGACCUGGCUUAUUGUUUGCUGUAGUAAUCCUUCAGCUAUCCGUUUGUCGUGCGGACGCACGUGCAACCGCAAUGCAAACCUUUGAAGAUGCUUGAAGAUUGCUUGUGAAGGUUGAAUGACCCUCCAAAGCUUGUGACUCCCGUUCGAAUGCAUAUCGAUAUUCAUAGAGUUUGGGUCGGAGACUGGGCCUCGGAAACACUGGCGCAAGGUUGCUGCCUUGCUGCUACGGCACUGCACACCUGGAACCAGAGCAGCGCACCACACGCGGUAUUGCUUGAUUGCGCAUUCAUGCUUGCUUUGUUAUGCAUGCACUGAUCGAUGAUUUCGCAGUAAUGGGGCAUUGGUUGGCGGACACGGAGUAUCCACGAUAAAAGUGGCAACACGUGCACUUAGUCCUGGCGGCUGGCGUUGUUUCACACUGUGGGGCGGACGGGUGUGGGGGAGAAAUGGGAGGAGUAGGGCACCGCACAGGCGCAGACACCACUUCAAAGCUGAUGUACGGUAUGUGCUGAUUGUCCAUAGAGUGCAAAGGAGAGAGGCGGCUUGGCCCUGUCGUCUUGGUUAGCCAGCUAUGUUAAAGUGACGGCUGCCUGGAUGCCUUCCGGUGGGUCCUACGGCUCUGGGCCGUGUAGCUGCGUAGUAUUUGGCGGCCGAGUGCAAAUGUGGUUUGGCCGGGGUGACGUGGCCAUAGGUAGCGGGCUCGAGCUGAUGGGCUAGUUGGUGUGUGUCCAGAAGGGCCGCCAAAGCAGUGAACACAUGUCGUGCGCCGUUGCCGGCGUGUGUCAUUCACCGGCAACCAGUGCCUGAGUAUGAGUCAUGAGGCGGGUAACAGCGUGUGAACUUAGGAGCGGGAAGUUACCCCAGCGGUUGAGAACUGACGAGCUGUGGGUGGGUUGUGCGAACUACGUCCCGGUGUGUGGCUAGAGGUUUGGCGUCUGUGGUUUAAUUGUAGCCGUGUGACGGUGGUGUCUCUCUGGCUCUGGCGUCACCUUCGCCUGCACUGCGCAGGGCGAAGGCUCGUGGGCUCGUGUUGGAGGCGUUGGGCAGCUGGUCAUGCGGGCGCUGAGCUGAGGAGGAGCUGCGUUGGGGGUCUGUUUGCCGUGGUGCUUUAUAAGUGUGUGCUCAGGGGAGCUUGGGGUCCAGGUUUCGUAGACGGGCGGUUGGCUUGCCCUGCUGGGUGGUGAGCGUUGGGUGUCGGGCAGGGGGCCGCCCAUGCAGGAGGCGGUGGCUCCCUAGUCCCGCAACACCGGCCCUGGCCCGGUGUUGCGGUGUUGCUCUCUCUCACACGACCUAUCGUGCGUAGCUUUGUGAAAGCAUCGGAGUGA